AUGACCUUCCUUCUUCUCAGUUCAUUCUGUUGCUGUAAUAUUUGGUUCCCUUUUAGCAGUUUACCCAAACGACCCAAACGCUCCUCCAAUGGCUGCUCCGGGUCCUUCCACUGCCUCAACUUCUUUAAUGAGAUAUCACGUUUUCUUGAGUUUCAGAGGCACCGAUACUCGCACCAACUUCACCGAUCACGUGUACGAUGCUUUGCUUCAACAAGAAAUGACGUAGAUCUUCACAAAGGACAUGUUAUUAAGGACGAACUCCUCCAAGCUAUUAAGCAAUCUAUGUUUACCAUUGUUGUGCUCUCCGAUAAUUAUGCUUCUUCUUCUUCUUGGUGUUUGAAUGAAUUGCAGAAGAUCGCAGAAUCCAAAUACGAUUUUAGUCAAACAAUUUUUCCAAUUUUUUACGCCAUAAAUCCAUCUGUUGUACGGCAUCAAAAAGGAAAAUUUGCUCCAGCUUUUUAA